UGAUCGGGCCCUGACAAUGAAAAACGAAUUAAGAUUAAGCGCACAACGUUUAGCAAUAAUGAACUUUUAACGUGUCUGAAAAACGCAGUUUUGAAAUUUCUUUAUUAGAGCGUACACUGCGAGAGAUACUUUGGAUUAAUUAAAAAGAAAUCAAUCAAUUACACAUAUGUAAUAAUCGUUACAAAGGAAUAAAGCAUUACGAAAGAGUUGAAGACCGUACGACUUUCAAAAUGGAAUACAACGAUCAACAGCCUAACGUUUACCGGAGAAAUCCACACCAGCAAAAUCAGCAGUAUCUGAAUGCUGGUUUCAACAUAAGAGAUAAUGACAGUAUUGAACCCUCAGAAACGCCACUGCCGACGAACAAAAAUAAACCUGAUCCAGAACUACUACAUGCUUACGAUAAUUUUUAUCAUACUACAAAAAGUUUACUAGUCCUCUUUCAGAUAAUGGGGAUAAUGCCCAUAGAGAGAGAAAUGGGGAAAACUACUUACAGAUGGACAUCUGCUACAAACGUAUGGGCUUACUUUGUUUUUGGAGUUGAAACAAUAUUUGUCACGAGGGUAUUUCAAGAACGUCUUAAUUUAGUUUUACUUCCUGGAAAACGGUUCGAUGAAUAUAUUUAUGCAAUCAUUUUUUUGAGCAUACUUAUUCCACAUUUUCUUUUGCCGAUUGGAGCAUGGACUAAUGGAUUAGAAGUUGCUAAGUUUAAAAAUAUGUGGACAAAAUUUCAGUACAAGUACUACUGUGUAACAGGUACUCCUAUCAUCUUUAAAGAUUUGACAGUAAUUACAUGGUCGUUAUGCAUCAUAUCAUGGGUAAUUGGUAUUUUAAUGAUGUUAGCUCAGUUUUACCUUCAACCUGAUAUGCUGUUGUGGCACAGCAUUGCUUAUUACCACAUACUUGCCAUGCUAAACUGUCUAUGUUCCUUAUGGUACAUAAACUGUAGAGCAAAAGGAAGAGUAGCAAGAUGGCUAUCUGAAAACUUACACAAUGCUUUAAACAGCUCAGAUCCCGCUACUAGAUUGGCCGAGUAUAGAGAUUUGUGGGUAGAUCUGUCUCAUAUGAUGCAGCAGUUGGGCAGGGCGUAUAGUGGCAUGUACGCAAUGUACUGUAUUCUCGUUCUUUUGACUACAGUGGUUGCAGCAUAUGGUUGUUUGACAGAAAUAUUAGAUCAUGGUUUAUCCCUUAAGGAAGCUGGCCUUUUUCUGAUCUCAUUUUAUUGCAUGUCUUUGUUAUUUAUCAUAUGCAAUGCAGCGCACCAGACAUCACAUAAAAUGGGCCCUGAAUUUCGAGAGAGAUUAUUAAACGUGAAUUUAGCUGCUGUGGACCGAAGAACUCGUCAAGAAGUAAAUAUGUUUCUUACAGCUAUUGACAAAAAUCCUCCAAUAAUGAAUCUAAAUGGUUAUGCAAAUAUUAACAGGAGGCUGAUAUCAUCGUGUACCACAUCAAUGGCUACCUAUUUAGUUAUGCUUAUGCAGUUUCGUUUAUCUUUGAUGAGAAACGCUGCUAUAGCAGCCAGAAAAGCAGCUAUUUUAAACGCAACUCUAGCAGAAAAUGCGUCACAUUAGAUAAAAAUCUCUAAUCACAAUAUAGUACUUAUUCUAAGGUAAAAGCCACGCACUUUUUUAAUAAGUUCUUUAUUGCUGCUUGUCAAUAAAUAUUUUAACAGAAA